GAAGAAGUAGAAGUGGGGGUUUCGGACAGGUUAAUGUAGUUGCAAUGUCGCCUAAUAGAUGGAAAAACAGCUGAAGGUCCAAUGGCAUAAUGGAAUGGAUAAUGAAAGAAAUGGAAAAAGAAAGUUUGUUGUAUCGUUGCUAGUGUCAAAAUUGUGCUGGAGCGUUUGAGCUAGUGCGUGGAAUUCGGGGCUGGACGGGUGGACGAUAAACUUUGUGGUCGAUGAUUCGGUGAUCGCGCUGGAAAAGUGACCGUGAAAAAGAAAGAGGAGGUGAAGAGAAGUGAAGUGAGUGAGACCCUCUUCGCCACACACACUCUAGAUUCGUAACUAAAAAUACUACUAUGCAGGUUGUUCAACACUUAAAUCAUUAGUGAUAUGUCUGUCAUUGGUUUCUCAAAAUCACCGUUCCCAGUGCAAAUCCGUAAUUGUUAUCAGAGACCAGUUUCUUCGAGCGGCCCGACCGCUGGUUAUGUUGCAUAAAAAAUACAUUACAGUGACUCUGCUGCUAUCAAUACGGAAUGAAAGACGUGCUCCGGCAGCGAUGAAAACUAAACUAAGCACCAUUCUAAAUUAAUUAUAUAUUCACCAUUGUUGUGGAUAUAUCAUUUUCGUUUUUUUACUUUUUGUUUCUUGUUCGAGUGGGCCGCGCUGCAGCACCCAACCAAAAUCCGGAGAGAUGAUGAAAAACGGGCCCAUGGCCAGGAAAGAGGGCAAAAUGAGGAUCCGUGCCUUUCCUAUGAAUAUGGAUGAGAAGUAUGUGGAUAGCAUAUGGGCACAUCUAAAAAAUGCUAUCCAGGAAAUACAGAAAAAGAACAACUCAGGGCUUAGUUUCGAGGAACUGUACCGUAAUGCUUAUACAAUGGUAUUACACAAGCACGGAGAGAGGCUGUACACUGGUUUGAAGGAGGUCGUCACACAGCAUUUGGAAACAAAAGUCAGGGAAGACGUUUUGAAAUCGCUCAACAAUAAUUUCCUAAUGACUUUGAAUCAAGCUUGGACCGACCAUCAAACCUCAAUGGUCAUGAUUCGUGAUAUCCUAAUGUACAUGGACCGUGUAUAUGUGCAGCAAAAUGAUGUUGAUAAUGUUUAUAAUUUGGGACUUAUUAUAUAUAGAGAUCAGGUUGUGAGAUACGGAUGCAUUCGGGAUCACCUAAGAGAAACCUUAUUGAAUAUGGUGAUGAGGGAGCGACGAGGGGAAAAAGUGGAUCGUAUAUCAAUCAAAAAUGCUUGUCAAAUGCUGAUGGUGCUCGGAAUUAACAAGCGAACAAUCUACGAGGAAGAUUUUGAAAUGCCGUUCCUGCAACAAUCUGCCGAAUUUUAUAAGGUGGAGAGCCAAAAAUUUUUACAGGAAAAUAGUGCAUCUGUAUAUAUAAAGAAAGUGGAGGCGCGAAUAAACGAAGAGUCUGAGCGCGCGAAACAUUACUUAGAUGAAUCGACAGAGUGUAGAAUAGUUGAAGUAGUCGAGGAGGAAUUAAUUAAGAAGCAUAUGAAAACUAUAGUUGAAAUGGAAAAUUCCGGAGUUGUUCAUAUGUUAAAGAACCAAAAAACAGAACAUUUGGCUUGUAUGUAUAAACUUUUCGGAAGAGUGAACGACGGUUUGAAAACAAUGGCUGAUUGUGUAUCUCACUAUCUACGAGAACAAGGCAAGGCUCUCGUUCAAGAAGAGGAACAUCAAACUUCCACAAAUGCAAUCACUUUCGUCCAAUCAUUAUUAGAUCUGAAAGAUAGGUUUGACCAUUUCCUGGUAAAUUCAUUCAACAAUGACAAGAUAUUUAAGCAAAUGAUUGCAUCUGAUUUUGAACAUUUUCUUAAUUUAAAUCCCAAGAGUCCUGAGUAUCUCUCUUUAUUUAUCGAUGAUAAACUAAAGAAAGGCGUUAAAGGGAUGUCCGAACAAGAUAUAGAAUUAGUCUUAGACAAAUCUAUGGUGCUUUUCCGAUUUCUUCAAGAAAAAGACGUAUUUGAAAGAUAUUAUAAGCAACAUUUGGCUAAGAGACUUUUGUUGAAUAAAUCUGUCAGCGACGAUUGGGAAAAGAACAUGAUCUCAAAAUUAAAGACGGAAUGCGGAUGCCAGUUCACCUCGAAGUUGGAGGGCAUGUUCAAGGACAUGACCGUAUCUAACACUAUAAUGGACGAGUUCAAGGAGCACGUUUUGAAAAACGAAACAUAUUUAGGUGGAGUAGAUCUAUUCAUGCGGGUGUUGACCACUGGUUUCUGGCCGACGCAAAGUUCAACGCCCAAGUGCCACAUACCUGCCAUUCCUCAGGCUGCCUUUGAGUCCUUCCGUAGGUUUUAUUUAGGUAAACAUAGUGGUAGACAGUUGACGCUGCAACCGCAAUUAGGAAAUGCCGAUCUCAACGCGGUCUUCUAUGGAGCGAAGAAGGAAGACACCGAGAAGGACGGGGCGUGUUCAUCGUCGACUACCAUCUCUACCAGUCGCACGGGUCCCAGGAAGCAUAUAAUCCAGGUGUCGACAUACCAAAUGGUGGUCUUGAUGCUGUUCAAUAAUCAUGACAAAUUGACCUAUGAGGAGAUUCAGAACGAAACGGAUAUUCCGGAGCGGGAUUUGAUCAGAGCCCUCCAAUCGCUCGCCAUGGGCAAGGCGACACAACGAAUCCUUAUUAAGAAUCCGAAAACCAAGGAUAUCGAGCCCGUGCACGAGUUCUUCAUCAACGAUUCGUUUACGUCCAAAUUGCACAGGGUUAAGAUCCAGACGGUGGCUGCGAAAGGAGAAAGCGAACCCGAACGGAGGGAAACUAGGAAUAAGGUGGACGAGGAUAGGAAGCACGAGAUUGAGGCAGCUAUAGUGCGCAUAAUGAAAUCUCGGAAACGGAUGGCGCACAAUAUUCUAGUGGCUGAGGUUACAGAACAGUUGAAGAGUAGAUUUUUACCAUCACCGGUAAUAAUUAAAAAGCGUAUAGAAGGUCUUAUUGAACGCGAGUACUUGGCUCGUACUCCCGAGGACCGAAAAGUGUACACAUACGUUGCAUAAGGUGAUUCAUAUUUUUUUUUAAAUAUUAAUUUAGUGUUAUUUUUUAAUACGAUCCCUCCCGAAACAAUGAAAAUAUUUCUACCGGCCACGCCCCCCUCCCCCAAUUUCAACCUGAUAAUGAAAGCAGUGCUUAUUACGUUUUAAUAAUUAUUUAAUAAUGCACAUCUUCAGGCUUUAUUCUAAUAGUGAUACAACCCCUUUCUCUCUUAUUCUAUACUCUACCACCUGUGUGUAACUAAAAUAUUAAAAAGAAAGCCCUAAGCGCUAUCGAGAGAACAUAUAAAACUGUUAUUAAACGAAAUUUAUUCUUAUUGCAGCAUGCGUAUAUUCAUUUUCUCUUUGUGUUUUCUUUCUUACUAUUAUUUUGUUUAAUAUUUUCUCAGCCAGUCUGUAUCGAUAUUA